AUGGCUAAUAAAAAAAUAAUAAAACCACAUAAUGUGACAGAGGAAUACUUAUUCCAAAAUAUUGACCAUGGAAUAUAUAAUGUUACCGAUGCUCAUAAUAUAUUACUAGAAGAAAAAAAAAAAAAAUUUGCUCAAAAAUAUGAAAAUAAAAGAGAAGGUAAAAUUAUUGAUCUUCAAUACAACAUGUUUAUUUCAUUUAAAUUGUCUUUUUUCUUUUUUUAUAUUCAUAUUUUUGUCUUACAACAUUUUUACAGAAUUAAUACGCAUCAUAAAUAA